AUGGGCCCCCUGAAGAGCAAGUUGCGCAAGAAGUGGCUUACGGAGAAGCCAGUCGUCACUGCAGCGGAGAAGCAUUUGGCCAUGAUUCAACGAACUAUUCAAGCUUGGGAAGAAAUGCCAUGCGAUCUCAUUCGUAGCUCCUUUGAGAAGGCGCUGCCGCAAUACCAGCUCAUUUGA